UGAAAAGCUGAAAUUCCUGGUAGUUUUCACGAUUCUAGGCUGGUUGGGAUUCGAAUUCUGAUUUAGCAAAUAGAACUUCCGAUAGAGCAAAAUUAUGGAUGGCGUCCGCAGUCGCGCUUGGGAGGCGAUGCAAUCCAUGCAGUUGUCUAGUAAUCACUUUCAUCUGUAUUACAUAUUCCAUAUCAUUCAUGCCACUAUCUCCUAUGGAUCGCUGAAUUAGGUUUAAUGUUUAGCCACUGAUAAGCGUUUGUUUGUGGGCAAGGUGUUGUACUGGGCAAUCGGAAAUCUCCCAUCAAUCACCAGUUAAUUGAACUUAAAUUUAUAUCCUCGAUAUCAUCGUUGCGGAACAAACAAAAAAAAACCAUCGUACAAUAGACGAACGUCAAUAUGGCCACUGAAACUGGGAUGAGAGUUGUGAGGCAGUACUCCGAUGAGGGACGCAAUAUUGCCAUGAGGGCGAUUAAUGAAGCUAACUCGGAAGCUAGUUCAGCUUUGCGUAAUGCUGUGUCCAACACUCUAGCCUUGCUACAAAGACUGAAAGAUACCAUUCGAGACGUUGCUGAUCCAACGAUCAUUUACGAGCAAUUUAGGAUAUUGUUCCGGGAUGAAAUCUCACGUAACAACGCCUUUUUCAUAUUGGUCGGACUUGGUUUCGGCACCACUGGAGGCGUUCUGCUGGGUGUUUGGCUAGCGCGACCACACCUGGCUACGCCCAUCAUGAAAUCUAUAGCGACUACUUCCUUCCGGGAUCCGGAAAAUGUAACCGUUUGUAGCACCCCGGUACCGAGGUUCGAAUCUUCCAGUGACAUCCUGGUACGAGUUCGAGCGGCCGCCCUGAAUCGAAUCGAUCGUAGGAUAGCUUUCGGCUAUGGCCGAACUAUGCGCAGGCUAAUAAAAACUUAUGAUAACAGUUACAACCCGGAACUGCCCCUGGUUUUGGGACGAUCCUGCGCCGGAAUUGUUGAAGCCGUUGGAAAAGGUUCCAAAAGCGGGUUGGAAAUUGGGGACGAAGUUUGGCUGGCUGCACCCUGGUACGAGUCUGGUGUGGCUUCAGAGCUAGUCGUCGUUCCGGAGACGCGGAUAUCUCGAAAACCGUUCCUAAUCGGGUUCGAAGGUGCAGCAAGUUUACCUUAUAGCGGCAGCAUUGCUUUAAGCCUAAUGGAAGCGCAUGGUCUGACAGAACACACCUGCAAGGGAAAACGAAUCCUUGUUCUUGAAGGAUGCUCACCGGUGGGCUGUGUCAUAACGCAAUUGGCCAACAAAUGGGGCGCUCAGGUAUCCGCUACUUGCCACAUACGAUCUGCACCAGUAAUUCAUGAACUAGGAGCGGCCGACAUUAUCACCUUCGCUAACGAGCACUUCCGAUCCAACUUCAUAGAUGUUAAUGUAGAAAAAUCGAACCUCAUCAACGAACUGACGGCACGGGAAAAGUUUCACCACAUUUUUCUGACAACCCGAAUCGCGUACGAUCAUCGGUUUCUGGAGAAAUUUCUCGCAAAAAGCGGGGUUAUUAUCGAUGCCGUUGAGCCGGAACUCGCCUCGGACGAGUUUGGUCCGCUGAUGCGACUACUACUGGGAAUAGCGGUGCGUUGUCGAAAGCUGGUGGCAACGGUGUUCCGAACACAACCGGACUGGGGCGGCCCACACCUCUGUCAUUUGAUGUUGGAGCGAUUGGCCGGCUUUGUCAAUGACGAAACCCUUAAAACGGUAGUGGAUAGGGUAUACACUCCAAACGAAGUCGAACGAGCACUGGACCAUAUCUGCAGCGAAAAAAGUAUUGGUAGCACCAUCAUAACCUUCCGAUAGACCACCCAAAAUUUAGGCAAAUCUGUCGAAAAAAAUACGAGGGAACAUAAAAUCCUGAAACCAAAAUAGCUUAGUGUAGGUACUGGUAGCAUUACUUUCAAAAUACCACCGUACAAUGGUAAGGCAGUGCAAAUAUUCGAAAAAGCGAUUUCGUUAGUCUAAUAACGUCUUAAACGGUGGAGUUGCUGCCAGUUUUUUCUCAAUGUCGUACUAUCAUAAAAUCGCAUUCAAAGCAUAGAAAUAUCGACCAAAAGUUUUUCCCUUUUCAGCUCAUUAUCGCCACUUAAUCUUAUAGGUUUUUCUCUGCCAGUUUAUUCGAGUACACAUGUGAAUAAGCAGUAUAUUUGACGAGCUUCUGUUUUCCUUUCAGCGUUUUUUAACAUCUAUGUAGAACCUUGAAAGUAUAGCAUAAGACUAGAAAACAUAAUCGAAAACGACCACAUGAUCUAGAUUCUAGAUCAUUUGAACAGAUUCAAAUAUUUUGUGUAUGAUUGAGUAAAUCACUAGAAUGGGAAAACAGUUUGCAGAAACUCGUUCUAAUUUCACUAUUUUUUUUUCUCUGGCAAACACUUCUAUCGAAAUUCUAUGUUUCAUGUCAGUCGUAGCGUGUUUUUUUUAAAGAGAAAACUUUACGGUUGUUUUUUUUUGUAUUAGAAAAUAUUUUUGUUGCCAUAAUUCAUA